AUCCUUACCUCCUCUCGCAGGCUCCAAUCAAAACACAGCACUCUCCGGCGGGAUGCACCCCACAGUCCAUUUCAAGUCGCUGGCUAGACAGAGAGAGGACGCGGAGUAGCCUAACUGCUAUUAUUUUUCGUGCUGACAUUGUUUAACCGAAAAACUGAAAAGGAGUGCAUUCACUGUGUAUCGUAUGGCGAAAAGAAACGAGAUCGCAUUUAAAGGACAUUUUCUCUCAACAACAGGAUUUUCAUUUUAACCAACCCCCGGACUUUCGCUGUGAGCUGCAUCACCUUUUGGAAUAGCCCACUGGUUGUGCCACCAGCGAAUUCUUGCGCUUUAUCAAACUCGCACAUGAGAGAUAACACUAGGCACAACGAAGAGAUCAUAUUUAUCUGAGCAGAAAUUGGAAAGAACUGCACUAGUACUGCCAGUUAAGUCCUCCAGGUGCGUCUCAGGACAGACUCGAUGCUGCGCACGGUAGCCACCGGACUGUUCUAACGGGACCUGGCGUCUCCAAAACUGUCAAACUUGUCCUCAUAACAGCAGUCAACAUGAUUCUUCUUGGAUUGCUACUGAAUGUUAUCAUUUUCGGUACAGUGCAGACAGCGCCCCCUAUAGAUUGCCUGGAGGCGGAGCAGGCGUGUGUGUCGGAUGCAGGGUGUGUGGAGGUGUACCGCGUGCUGGAGUACUGCUCAGCCGAGGAGGCGGUGGCUCCCCUGGGACCCGAGGCCCGCCGGGAGUGCCUGGAGGCCCAGAGCACCCUGCUGUACUACCGCCCCCUGCAGGAAUGCAAGUGCCACCGCGGCUCGCGCCGCGAGGAGCUGUGCCUCCGCGUCUACUGGACCGUCCGCUUCGCCGCUUAUGAGGAGUACGACGUGUCCCCGUAUGCAGACCUGGAGCUGGCGGUGGUGAGGAACAUCGAGCUGUCACGCAUGGCAUCCAUGAUGGCAGUCUCCUCCCUCCCCCUGGACGGGCAGAACCAGUGUCUGAAGGCGGCGCAGGACUGCGGCCUGUAUGAGAAGUGCGGCUCACUGCGCUCGGAGUACGUGGUGGCGUGCACCAAGGCGUCGCCGGGCUCCAACGGCUACUGCAACCGGCAGAAGUGCCACCGGGCGCUGCGGCGCUUCCUGGAGCGCGUGCCAGAGGAGUACGUCUUCUCGCUGCUCUUCUGCUCCUGCACCGACGAGCUGUGUGCCGAGCGCCGGCGCAAGACCAUCGUGCCAUCCUGCUCCUACGAGGAGCGCGACGGCAAACCCAACUGCCUCAGCCUGCAGGGCUACUGCAUGAGGGACGAGCUGUGCAGAUCCAGGUUGGCAGAUUUUCAGCACAACUGUCAGUCGUCCGCACACUCCCCGACGGGCUGCAUGAGAGAGACUGGCACCGUCUGCCUGAAGGCCUACGCUGGACUCAUAGGUACCAUCAUGACUCCUAACUACAUCAGUAACAGCAGUAAGGAGGUGGCCCAGUGGUGCAGUUGUGAGGGAAGCGGCAACCAGUGGAGCGACUGCCAGAGAGUCCUGCACAUGUUCAACAGCAACAGCUGCCUCAAGAAUGCAAUCAACUCAUUGGGCAGCAUCCCAGCCCCCACGCCGAAGACCACGCCCGCUCCCACCUUCCUCACUUAUCCACACAUGCAACAGGACCAUGGCAACGGCGUCACCACUAGCAAUGGCCUCACCACUAGCAAUGGCCUCACCAACACCAAGGUCGUCGCCCAUGGAAACGGCCUCCUGAACCACAGUGCCAACAGUCUGCCAAGCUUGAAAAGAGAGGAGGAGGAGGCAGAUGAGGAGGAGGAAGAGGAUGAGGACAGUGAGGAGUUUAACGUGAUCCCUCCCUUCGCUAAGAAGAAGGAGUCCAGCACAGGGGCGGAGGCCUGGGGGGUCCACCGGGGCAGCCCUUCCUCUUCCUUACCCCUCCGUCCCACAACGCUGCUACUGCUGCUGGCCAGCGGUGCCCUGGGGCUGGGGUACCUGGGUUAGAUAGAGGACCCUCUAGACACACACACACACACACACACAUGCACAUACACACAUACACACACACACACACGCAUACAUACA